GAGGGGAGUCUUGCAUCUGCCGUUCUUUCGGACCCUUACAUGACGGUUAAACAGCGGAUAGAAGGGUACCGAUGGUAGAAAUGGACGAACUCCCUCGCGCACAUGGGCCCCCCUCCCUCCUUUCUCGACAACGGUCGUGAAAGUGAGGGGGUUGGUAGACCAUCGACGUUGGUCAACGGUCGUUUUCAUUGACAGUUCUUCGCGCGUCGUACAACGUACAGAGAGCAUACAAAAAAGGUGCGGUUUCGCGAAAAUAAAGAAGUGGCGGAAGAAAAGCGCUUCUUUUUCACGAGAAACGAUUUAUCGAAGAAACUUCGCGCGCGACAAACGGAAUCAUUAGUGCGCCUUCACGAGUGAGAGAAAAUCUCUUGAAACAUUCCGGCAGCGUCCGAUAACGAAACGUGAUACAACGGACAACCGAUCCGAAGUUAAAGGACGAAGUUUGCAAACACGUUUCUGGAAGCAAAGGCGUGUGGACAAGUGCCAGAUCAGGUCAUAAUGAAGAGAUGUUCAUCGGCACCUUGUUUAGAAGAUGUUGGCGGUGACGCUAAAAGAACAAAAGGAAUUACGCAAUAUACGAAUCCAAAUACAAAGGAAUACCUUCAAUUGGCUUUAGCCAGAGUCCUAGAAUUACAACGAAAGAUCAACGAAGGCACAUACGCAGAAAUCGAUAAUGACAAUGAUCUCGAUGUCUCAGGCAGCGAGGAAGAUUUAAUGAAGGAAAUUUUUGCCAAAGUUUUUCAAGAUCUACCCGGAACGCCAAGUUCGAUCGCUAAAAUAAUAGACGGAGAAACGCAUUGGAGGAAUCCUCUUACGGAUGCAAUACAUAGUAAGAGAAUACAAUUAUUAGGUUUCGAUACUUGUCGGAGAAUGGCUCUGGAAUUCAUGAAAACCAUUGUGCGAGAAUCGCGAAACAGAUCUCCCUCAUUAGAGGCCAAAGCUGAUGAUUUGGCGUUCCAACAAAACGAAUCGUUGUAUUCGAGAGAUGAGAUUCUGGCGAACGAUUUGCGUAAACGGGAGUCGAACGCGGAAACUCGAGCGAGAAUGUUGAGAAGUCUGGAUUUGCAUCUAGCCGCUAAACAAAGAGAUUACACGGCUAAGUUAAUGAAUUCGGGUAUAUAGUAAUUGCAUACUCUUGGGUGGAGGUAAAUCGGGAGCGGAAAUUCUCUAAAUUAUAUUCUGCAGGAUAUAUCAUAUUUUCGGUAUUAAUGCAAUGAAAAUUCAGAGCAUAUAUAUAUUCACAAGAAUAUCUUUAUUCGAUUGGCAUCUUCUUCCUGCAUAAUAGCUUGUAACAAAUGUGCAGGAAUGUUUUUUAAAAAGCUCCUUAGAGACAUCAUUGUCGGAGGUCACAUUUUAAUAUAUAAGAUUAGACAUAUAGAAACUUUAAGUCAACGUUUCACUUUUACUAAUCUCAGCUCUUACAGUAUUUAUGAAAACUUAUCUAGUCAUACACAAAACAUACUAGUCAUAAUAUUACAUAAUACUAGUCAUAACUUGCAUAAUUAUUCUGCAAUGUUAUUUAUUUUAGAUAUCGUAUAUAUAUAUUUAUAUAUUUGUAUCGUGUAUAAGGUGUCCCACAACCAUCGAAUGUCCUUUUAAUAACAGAUUCUUUAAUCAAUUCGAGAACGAUCUUUUCCUCAAAUGAAAAUGUCAAGACAUCAAUAAUUCCCGAAUUAUAAUUAAAAAAAGAGCUUUUUGCAAACUAAAUUUUGUGGAGUUGAAAGAUUAACAAAAUUACAUUUUUUAAUUAAUUUCAAGCGGAGUUAAUUUUAAUAGAGAGAGAAAAUUUUAAUUUAAAGCUUAAUUACAAAGAUAUAUAUGAUAACAAAAAAUGGAAACUUGCAAAAAAUAACGUUCUUCGUCAUCUUUUUGUUGAGGAAAAAUCAUCUUCAAAUUGACCAGAGAAACUUUUCUAAUAUUUUUGUUUGAUAAAUGCAUGAAACAAAGAAAUACGAAGGACAAGACUGUUUUAUAAAAAAAAAAAAAGAUU